AUGGCUGUUUCACUAGUUCUGGUCGUCGAGUCGAUCCACGCUCUGGCCAGCAGCUCACACGAGCUUGGGAAAUUCGAAGUGGCCGCCAUUGUCGCUGCUGCAUGCGGAUUUGGCAUCAAACUUUUCUUAGCCGUCUAUUGCUUCAUCUUUCGGAGACAUAGUAGUCAAGUGCAAAUGAUUUGGGAGGAUAACCGCAAUGACUGCUUCGAGUAUGGAUUCGCCAUCUUCACUGCUGCGGCUGGUGCUAAGUUGAAAUAG